CUCUAUAAGGGAGCUAUGAGCGCUCGCUUCAUGCAUGCUGCUGCCAGAGAAACUGUGCUGCGCCAGUUGCGAUCAGUGGAAAGCAUGAACGUGGAGCUCCAGUGGCAAAGCAAAAUAUGGAAUGUCAAAGGAAAGAAAAGCAAAACUAUUGGCGGAGUGGUGGUACCACGCAACUUCCGUCUGCUAGAAGAGUUGGAACAAGGCCAGAAAGGUGUUAGUGAUGGCACCAUUAGCUGGGGCCUUGAGGAUGACUGCGACAUGACACUGACUCACUGGACUGGCAUGAUCAUUGGCCCACCAAGGACUCCAUAUGAGAACCGGAUCUACAGCCUGCGUGUGGAGUGUGGAUCCCAGUACCCGGAUGAACCCCCUUGUGUCAAGUUCAUUUCUAAGAUCAAGAUGGUUGGCAUCAGUGAGAGCAAUGGUGGUGUGGAGAAGCGCAGCCUGGGUGUGCUCAACCGCUGGCAGAGGAACUACUCCAUCAAGACGGUGCUGCAGGAGUUGAGGCGUGCCAUGACCCUCAAGGAGAACCAGAGGAUGGCCCAGCCACCUGAAGGAUCCACCUUUUAAGAGAAUGGUGCUCUCCCCUUCUGUACCGGGCUGCUGCUGCCACCACUACCACCACCGCUCUUCUCUGUGUCUCCUUCUUUCCUUCCGUUUAAUUUCCUUAAAACCGUAAACAUGGCAGUCUUCUUUCCUUAAUUUUUGUAUAAGAAGCUGCUUUGUCUCAUAAGCCUUAUCCCUUUCUCCUCUUCUGCCGGUAGGGCGCACGCAUACUGUUCUUAAGUGAGGAGAUAACUACACCUGUGGCCGCUUCUAAAAAUUUUGUCUGUUCUCUCCUUCCAAAUAUCAGCUCUUGGGUAUAUUACAUGCAGAGUUUUCUUUUGUGUUGUGUAAUUCUUUGCAUGCAUUGUACACAUACGGCUAUGAAGAACCAUUUUCCUACUUUGGCUUUCAGCGCCAGUGGCACUGAAAAUUUUUGUUUAAUCUCACCUUUAAAGCGAAAAUGACAAGCUUUGCCCUUUCCUCAAUAAGCAGAACAGCCUUAGAACAUUGGGACGUUAGAGGAGUGCGCUGCAGUGUUUGCAAUAGAGACCAGUCCUGUCUUUAAACGUGCACACUGUGAAAUAUGCAGGAAAGUAAAUAAAGAAAAAGCAGGCUAUUUUAAAGUGGUAAACAUCCUUCUAUAUACGUUUUGCACUGUUCCUUCCUUGGUUUGGGGCUGGCCAUGAACUUGCCUUGUACCCAUCGGCUUAUGCCCUUCCUUCCCACGUGCGUGAAGUGUGUAGGAAAUGGUAGCGGAACACAAAAUGCUCAUCUGGCAGGUCCACAAAAUGUUGGAUAUCUUGACCUUGAGCUCUGCCGAAUGAAACAAUCUACAUGUUUGAUAAGGAAAGCCUUUUGACCAGUCUUUUGCUACAUUGCUUUAUUCUCUGCCCUAGUCUGGCAGGCUAUUUCGUGCAUGUGCAAGAUGUGUGUUGUUCUGAACUGCUGAUCUGCGCAAAUGCACAUUUUAAAAGAGUCGCAGUGCAGGUAGUGUCCACGUGGCGUGCCUUGAGUCGUGUGCCAGUUGUGGCCAUAAGUGUGAUGUUUGUCUGCAGCAUUCACUACAUGGUGAAUUGGCUUCGGUUCGGAUGAGCCUUUCAUGCUGGCUUUGACACACAUUGGAGACAAAGUAACUUUCCAGUGAAUGAUGUUCCAUUGUACUUCCGACAGAUAAUUUAUUUUCACUAAAUGAGUUCUGCAGGAGUCCACGAGGUGGAGGUAGCUUAAAGGAAAAUAUUCCUGCCACCUGACUGUAGCAGAGUGCUACAAAAGGAACCAUAUUGACUUCAUGAAAAGCGAACACUUCGUAAAAAUCAACCUGGAUUGGGAAUCAUGCUUGGGGCCACCACCGCAUCAGAGCAGCUCCUUCACUUUUCAGAUUCUGCAGAACUCAUUUGGUUAAUAUAUCACUUCAUUCUUCCAAUUGUCAAUUGAUCUGGCUUAGCACUACCAUCUGCUGGCCUUCUGGUUAGCUCACUUGGCAGAGUGACUGCCCCACCCUGGUGGUGGCCCUGGGUUUGAUUCCCAGAGCAGGAUAACAUUUUUUUUUUUUCAACUGUGAGAUUUGCUUUUCAAGAAACUGAGCUGGUUUCAACUUGUAGCAUUCUACUACAGUCAGGUGGAAGGUAAUUUAUUUUUGGGACUACUCCACAUGGCACUAAGUAAACUUAAUUUUAGUGCAAUGUGACAUAUUAUUCUCUCCUUUUACUUUUUAUGCCUGCUAUGGGUGUUGUAGAUUUUGUGGGCUGCCUGAGAUUUUGUUAAUUUGUAUAGGUGCAGUGCAUACUGCAUCAAGAUAUCUUUGUUAUGUAGCUGCCAAGAAAACCUCGAAUGAAAGCUAGUUAUAUUUUCUCUGGGUAUUGCCUACAGUCAUGUGUAAGUACAAUAGGUGCAUAUGUAAUGUACUUUUUUGUGUGUAUUAAAGGGGCUCUGCAACACCUUUUCUUCAAAACUGGAAAUGUUGUUAGUGUGAUGCCUUUCAAUAAAUGUAUUCCAAGAAAAAUUUUUAAGUACCUAAUAAUUGGAUACAUUGAGCACGUUCUCUUCCCACUCCUCCUCAAUGCACCCAUAAAUAUGGCACUGAUAAAAAUGCCCGGCCCUUCCUACAUUUUUUUCCAUGGUGCACUAGUAGCCAUUCCAGCUUGGUGUCUGACAGAAGUGCCAGGGAGUGACAGGAGUGUUGACAUCAUGGGCGGGAGUUGUCUAUAACCAUUAGUUUCACAUUUUAUAGAAAAUUGGAGGAGUGAGCGUGCACGUGUGUACUCGGGAGCAACUCAUGAUAAGAACAAUUGCCCAGUGGUUGGCGCCUGUGGUUUGUCGCAUGUGUCUAUGACAUCAUACGUUGAGCAUAAUAGACGAUGACCUUGGAAACCACAGGAGUGAGUGAGAGAUCUUUUAUAAGAGAUUGUGGGGGGCUCCCUGCUACAUGCAUUGGAUGAAUGACUUGCUUGUAAUGGUAGCGUUGCCUACUGGCCACCCAAGUUUUCUUAGUCUGUGAAGUGUUUCAAUGCCCCUUUAAGGUUAGGAGAGUAAGAAAUGCCUGUGAAGUUUGUGUACUUUAAGGGAGUGACAUAAUAAAGUGUUUUUGAUUGCUUCAAAGCUGUGUUGCUUUCAGGCUUAAAGAUGUUUUUUAAAAACAAAGGCUGUUUCAGGCCCUUAAUAACAAAUAAUCGGAACAAUAUACCUGUAUAUUCUUUUGUUUGUCAUGCCCAGUUUUCACUUACUGGUUCUUGCUUUGGUUUCUAUGUGAAACACUGUUUCAGAUUGCAUAGAGAACACUACAUAUAUUUGCAGAUUUUCUAUUGUGAUAAGGCUAUGUACUAUUUUAAAAUUUUUAUGGGAACUUGUGGAUGAAGUGAAAAGAAGGCAUUCACAGCCCCAAACAUUACUUCACGCACGAUAUCGGUAGUUUUGGAUGUCUGAAUAAACUAAGCUCAUACUAAGCUCAUACAACUCUCAUUCAGGGAACUUAUUCUAUUUCUUGCUGCUCUCGGGAAUGCUGGUUCCUAAAAUUUUAUGAAGCACUUCAUAGGAUUCCAUGUUUGUGUUCUAUUUCUUUUAAAUUGGAUGUGUCUUUGAAUAUUAAGAUUUGCGCUGGUGCAGGGUGGCUGUGGUGGGGUACGCUGUAUUAUAUGUACCAUUUUGUGCCUAGCUGUGAUUUUCUGUUGCAUGCAACUUGAAUAGUGCCCCACCUGCUGUAAAGGGACUGACAACUGCUUUGAAGAACCCUCCCUCUUUUUUUUUUCUUAGGUUGUCGAUGAAAUCCUAAUCUUCAACCUCUCAAUUUUGUUUUGGUUAGAUGCUGGUAGCACAAUCCGCCUCUUACGGUGCCACGGUGCAUGCGCCCUUCCCCUGUAGGGAAAGUCUCGAAACGCAGUGGUAGGUCCCGAACCUUGGCGGCGUUUGUUCUGGCUGGCCAGCUUGUACCGGAUCACUCCGCAAAGCUCCACCCCCCUAGCAAAGUGGCAGAGGGCAGCACAGGAAAUUGAAAAAGGCAGAUCGCGGUGCCAGAAAAAAGAUGCCAGAAAAAAUGUGGACUUAACGAGUGGAAAUUUUACAGCAAUAAUUUUAGUUCAAUUAGUGCAGCCCUGCAAUAGCUUGCUCACUAAUGGUUAGACAGGCACAGGGUUCAUAUCCUUCUCAAAUGGAAGAAGAGCUUUGUAUGACCAGUAAAGGCACCCAAGUGUAAAUGACCUCCUUGGGUUCCUUGAAACCUGGUGGAAAAACAUUGCAUAUUGUUUCAACCAGCAUUGUUCAGGGUGGUAUGAAAAUCUGAAAAUAGCUGCACAGGGGUAGUAUUUUCAUCUUGAGGCUAUGGCUGCAAGUUUCAUUUCAGAUUUUGCAGUAAUUAUAAAUUCAUCUAGCAACCUGUGUAAUGCUGUACACGUAGUGUGUACAUUGUUCAAAGCCUGAGCCUUAGAAGUUUCUUACAAUGUGAAGCAGUUGUAUCAUUAUUUUUGUGGUGGCGAGUCCUCUCAGCUUUGUGAGAGCCUGUUUAAAAAGGUAAGGUCCUUGGGCAUUGUAUAAUAUGCGGAUAGUUUUUGUGUGACCGCAAGUGCUAAAAAUGAAGUUGACCACUAACAGCACAUGCACACACACAAAAGUGAGGCAGAUAGAAUCGGUGUGGCAAUAGAGCUACAGCCAGUAAAAAGAUUGGGUAAUUUCAAGUUCUUAAUAAAGUUUGUCAUCCUUGAACUUGGGAGUCUUGCUUGGUAAAUCUUUCCUGCUGAAAUUUGAUUGAUGGACUGUUCGGUUUAUGACUAUCACAAAAAACAGUGCAAGAACAGUAGCCCGAAAAGACUGCAAUCACCCUGUGCGGCCUUUAUUUUACUAUUUGAACAUCUUGAGCAUCCCAGCACUGUUUUGAAAGCUCACUGGACACCCAUACCAAAAUGUGAGUUUGUGGAAAAUAGAUCCAGUUGAAAGGACUACCUUUAAGGAAAGCUGAAGUAUUGAAAAUGAUGCUACUGUAGUAGAGAGAGAGAGAAAAAAAAAAGUUUAAUGAAUGCAAAGAACUUGAACACAAACGCACACCAAUUCACAUGGUAGGUAAGCUGUGUGAGUGUGGUUUUUCACAUCUUUGUCACAUAAUUUGCACAGAUGUAAAAAUUUCGAUUGUGCCUGUUCCCAGUGUUAAGCAUGACCUUUUGUGGCUGUAUUGUCCUUUAACAUUUUCUUCAGUUGUCGGUCCCUUUAAGUGGUGGUGUCUUGAUGAAAGAGAAGCUAAUGAAAACUAGAAAAAUGCUUCUAAAAUAAGGCUAAUUGUGCCUACAAAAGCACACUCUACUCCUUGGUACUUGGAGUGUCCUCCUUUACCGUUAACAAAAGAAAACACUGCUAUCGAAAAUCUUCUUGAGAACUUUCACUGACCAGGUGCGUGAAUUCCAAUAUCCUGCUUAUGGUUUCCAUUGCCAGCUGCUUGGGUUUAAUUUGGAAACUGAUAUAAACACUUGCGUUUCUUACCUUGCCUCCUCCAUGUCAACCCACAAAUUUGGUUGAACAUGGUAGUGCAAGCUCUUGUACACAUAUGUGCUUUGUCCUGCUGGGUUUGUGCAGUUGUCUUAUACAGACACGAAAUGUUCUUGUUUAAAAAAAACAGAAUGGCAUUGUGAAGCUGCAUAACACGGCUACCUCUGCUCGCCCUACUGUCUGCUGUUAGCAUAGAAAGUUCCGCUGCACAUUGCCAGUAUUAUGCAUCACCCUUGAAAUGGUGAACAAUGAUUUGUUUGGCAAAGCUUUUCUUCAAAAUGUGCUGGUACUUAUGCAAUCUGUGCUGUACAAAAAUGCUCACAAGAGUGAAUGACUUGUCAUUUAGUUAUGUAAUAAAAUCACUUCUCAUUAAAA